AUGAACACAGUCCUAACUUCAAGUGAUGAUGUUAUUUCAUUAGAUCCAACGAAUUUUGAUCGAUUGGUUAUACAAAGUUCUGAUCUUUGGAUUGUGGAAUUUUACGCUCCAUGGUGUGGACAUUGUCAGUCAUUAACGCCAGAAUGGAAAAAAGCUGCAACAGCUUUGAAAGGAAUCGUCAAAUUAGGAGCUGUUGAUGCUGAUCAGCAUAAAUCUUUGGGAGGUCAAUACGGUGUUUCUGGAUUUCCUACUAUUAAAAUAUUUGGCACGAACAAGCAUUCACCAAAAGACUUUCAGGGUGCACGUACAGCGGACGCCAUCAUUGAGCAAGCAUUAGCACAUCUGAGACAGAUAGUCAAUGAUAGAUUAGGAAAACGUGGUGGUGGUGGCGGUAGUAGUGGUGGUAAUGGGGGAAGUGGCAGUGGCAGCAAUAAAGACGUUGUUGAACUCACAGACAGCAAUUUUGAAUCUACCGUUUUGAAUUCCGAAGAUCUCUGGCUCGUCGAAUUUUAUGCUCCAUGGUGUGGACACUGUAAGAAUUUAGCACCAGAAUGGGAAAAAGCAGCCACAGAAUUAAAAGGCAAAGUGAAAUUAGGUGCAUUGGAUGCAACGGUACAUACACAAAUGGCCCAACGUUAUGAAGUACGUGGCUUUCCAACAAUUAAAAUGUUUGCAGCUGGAAGAAAAGAUGGACAAGCUCAAGAAUAUGACGGUGGUCGUACAGCAAACGAUAUUGUCACAUGGGCAUUAGACAAAUUUGCUAUUAACAUACCGGCACCUGACAUCCUUGAAAUAACUAAUCAAGAAAUUUUAGAUAAAACAUGUCAAGACAAGCCACUGUGUAUUGUCUCAUUUUUACCCUAUAUAUUAGAUUGUCAAUCAAAAUGUCGCAAUGAUCAUUUAACAAUGUUAAAAGGUAUGGCUGAAAAAUAUAAACGUAAUCAAUGGGGAUGGUUAUGGGUUGAAGCAUUCAAACAAGAACAAUUGGAAAAAGCGCUGGGAAUUGGUGGGUUUGGAUAUCCUGCGCAAGUUGCUAUCAAUUCUCGAAAAGGAAAAUAUGUUGUUUUGAAAGGUUCAUUUAGUGAACAAGGCAUUGGUUCAUUUAUGAAAGAAUUAUCUACUGGACGAAUAUCCAGUCCAUCUGAACCGCUGGCCGAUAAUAAAUUACCAACAAUUGUUGAUAGUCAACCAUGGGAUGGAAAAGAUGGUGCACUGGAUAUUGUUGAAGAUAUUGAUUUAAGCGAUGUUGAUAUGGAUGAAGAUGACAGUAGUACGAAUAAAAAGAAAGUUGAACUUUGA